UCUAGGCACCCCGUAUUAUAGAUGGCUACAUAUACGCUGUUCCUCUUUGUUAAGUCCAUCACAGAUUCUGAUCUCUGCUCAUCAUAUGAAAGCAAAAGCCUGACUCUUCUUUCACAUACACGCAUAAAUUUAUUUACCACUCCAACUCCCCAUCUCUUUUAUUUUUUAUUUUAAUCCCCAAAUUUUACUUAAAUUAGGAGACUUUACAGGUGGCUUACUGUACCCCCUGCCAAGCCUUUAUGACCCCAAAUCUCUUCCUUAUCUCCCCCCUCUUACACAUAUAUUUCCUUCAUUUUCGGUUUCAGUGCAUCUUUCCAAAACCCUCUUUUUUCCAUUUAUUUAUCUCUCUCCAUGUUGUCAUCUUUCAUUUCACAAUCACACCUACUUGCUUGAGUGCUUCUUGCUUCUACUCUGUACUUCAUAACUGAAAUCUCUUUGUUUUUUUUUUAAGAAAAGAUGUUGGCAAUAGAAGAGAUAUUGUGUGAGCUGAAUGGGAGUGAGAUGAAUGAGCAAGGCAUGCCUCCAGGGUUCAGGUUUCACCCAACUGAUGAAGAGCUCAUCACAUUCUACCUUGCUUCCAAGGUCUACAAUGGCUCUUUCUGUGGUGUGGACAUUGCUGAGGUUGAUCUCAACAGAUGCGAGCCCUGGGAACUCCCUGACAUAGCGAAAAUGGGGGAGAGAGAAUGGUACUUUUUCAGCUUGAGAGACAGGAAAUACCCAACAGGGCUGAGAACAAACCGAGCAACAGGAGCUGGGUACUGGAAAGCUACUGGGAAAGACAGAGAAGUUUACAGCAGCAGCGCCAAUGGUGGUGCUGCUACACUUCUUGGGAUGAAGAAGACUCUUGUUUUCUACAAAGGCAGAGCUCCCAGAGGUGAAAAGACCAAAUGGGUCAUGCAUGAAUAUCGCCUUGACGGUGACUUCUCCUGCCGUCACACGUGUAAGGAGGAAUGGGUGAUUUGCAGAAUAUUUCAGAAAAUCGGAGAGAAAAAGAACGGAGGGCUUCUCCAGGGACAAAGCAGCAGCAGUAGCUACAUGCAAGAGGCUUCAAACUCAUCCUUGUCCCGUUUGUUUGAUCAAAGUCUUAAAUCAGGAUCAGCUCUAUCUUUACAACCUUACCAUACACUCCAGUCCCUCCAAAACCAAAACCAAAACCGAAGCCAAGUACUUAUAAACAACAUCCCGCAUGAAGCAGACCUUAAAUCCCUCAUAACCAACUCAUCAUCCUCAUCUCUGGCAGUGUCACAAGCCAGCCCCUUCCCCGUAAACAAUGAACUCAAUGGCCUGCAAACAUCAUGUUCACCGCCAAAAACCAAAAUGAAACAAGACCACAAUCUUCUCAAAACUCUCCUCCCACACCAGGAUUACUAUUGUCCCAAGGAGCAAGAAGAAGCUCCUUUUCCUAAAAUCUGCAAGACCGAGUCCAACUUUUCGCAUUUCCAGUCCCCUCAUUUCUCUACUCAUCCCCACAUUCCUAAUUUCCGAUUCCCAAUUUCUACAACCGCAGAAUAUGACAUGAACCUGGCUCAUCAAAUCACAAACACCCCCAACUACAAACAAAGCCCAUUGCUUUUCAGGAGUUUAGAUAGUGAUACCAAGAAUGUAAUGGGGAAUAAUUGUGGAGUUGGCUUGGGUAGCUGUGGGUUCCCAGCUUAUGGUACUGGAGACACUGAAAUGUCAACUUCAUCAUCAUCGUGUUCACGAGGACUACCUUUCAGCAGGGCCGGCUUUAAGCAGAUGCUGCUGCUGGAUCCUCCCACCAAGAUGAGCGCAGGAGAAUCUUGGCCUUUUCACUUUUAAUAUACUUACUUAAAAGUUAAAUCUGUCUCUGCAAAUCUUGUUUAGUCUGAAUUUAUAUGAUAUAAUUAUUUUAGAACAGAGUCAUGUAAUGACAAAUGUAAUGGUGCUACUUUAAAUGCCAGAGUAGACACACAUGGAGACAUGUUGCA